UGUUCCCAAGACUGCAGACAGCCGUUUAGCCUACCGACGACUAAUCUUGAUAGUCCAGUCUAGAGCCUUGAACUUCCGAAUCCCGUGAGGCGCCCCCCGCCGAGUUUAUCUCCUGAUUAGCCGACAUUAAGCCGGAUUUCCAACCGCGGCGGCCUCAUGUCAUGAGCGAUGCUCGAGACAUGGGCCUUUCAGCUGAGACGUAGCGAAUGCCCUUUGCGUGUUGUGUGAUCCCCGUACGAGGAUAGCCAGACAAGCCCACUCCCGGGCCGUCACUUGUCGUGAGACUCUCUCCAGUUGAGCUUCCUCGACUCGAACUCGACUCGACUCGCCUUGCGCCCACCAGCGCCGCCGGUGCUUCGCUUGCCAUGUCCUGGAGGUGAUUUUGAUGACAGGCUCGCGUCUCAUCCACAAUGGCCAACUCCAUCAGCGGCUCUUCUGCCGACAAGUUUGAGCUGGAUCCGCUAUGGCAGAAUCUUGAUUGGGCGAUAGGGCAGAUGCUGCUCAUGGGCUGGGAUGGCACCCAAGUUACACCCCAAAUCAGAAGCCUCAUUGAGGAUCACCAUCUCGGCUCCAUCAUUUUGACGGCCAAGAACCUGAAAUCGGCGCAUCACACUGCAAUGCUCGUUCAAGAGCUUCAGAUGAUUGCCAAGAAUUCCGGUCACCCACAGCCGCUUCUCAUUGCCGUAGAUCAAGAAAAUGGCGGCGUCAACAGUCUGUUUGACGAGGAUUAUGUCUGCCAGUUCCCCAGCGCCAUGGCCAUUGCAGCCACUGGCAGCCUUGAGUUGUCCUAUGAAGUCAACAAGGCAACCGCCACCGAAAUCGCGGCUUGUGGUGUUAACCUCAUGCUGGGCCCGGUCUUGGACGUUCUUAACAAUGCGCGCUAUCAAGUUAUUGGAGUGCGAGCCUCGGGUGAUGACCCCCAAGAAGUAUCUCAGUAUGGACUGGCAGCUUUGAGUGGAAUUCGUGACGCUGGCGUGGCCUCUUGUGGAAAACACUUCCCAUCCUAUGGAAAUCUCGACUUUCUUGGCUCCAAUCUUGACGUACCCAUCAUUACUCAAACACUAGAAGAGCUGAGCCUUAGCGCUUUGGUGCCCUUUCGAAACGCCAUCUCCUCUGGGAAGCUCGACGGCAUGUUCAUUGGCGGAUGUGGCAUCUCCAACCCUUCCAUGAAUGUCAGCCAUGCUUGUCUGUCUGAUCAGGUUGUCGACGACCUUCUCCGAAACGAACUUGGAUUUAAAGGCGUUGCCAUCUCAGAAUGCCUUGAAAUGGAGGCACUAAGCCAAGAUCUUGGAGUCCAGAACGGCGUUGUCAUGGCUGUGGAGGCAGGAUGCGAUAUCGUGCUGCUCUGCCGAGCCUACGACGUUCAGUUGGAAGCUAUCAAAGGCCUCAAGCUGGGUUACGAGAACGGCAUCAUUACAAAGGAGAGGAUCUUUACCUCCCUGAGAAGAAUUUUUCAUCUAAAGUCGACCUGCACUUCCUGGGCAAAGGCACUAAACCCUCCCGGCAUAAAUCUACUCUCACAGAUUCGUCCCUCUCAUCUUGCCUUAUCUCGGCGAGCUUAUGAUGAUUCCAUCACCAUUGUACGAGAUAAGGAGAAGCUGCUGCCCCUUUCUCUCUCAAUGCAUCCCGGUGAGGAGCUCCUCUUGCUGACCCCCUUGGUCAAGCCACUGCCGGCCUCCUCUUUGACUAAGAGCUUGCUCGAGUCAAAGAACGAUGCAUCUAUGAUCCACACUAUGCACGAUAGAUGGAGUCAUCAAAUCCGAGAAAGAAGCGCCAUCAUGAGCGGAGAAGGAGUCUUUCGAGAAUUUGGCAAAACGCUUGCAAGAUAUCGCAAUGAAAAGCUUCUACACACAAGCUACACAGCCAACGGAGUCAGGCCAGUUCAUGAAAACCUUAUCAACAGGGCAUCUUGCAUCAUCAUUUUCACGGCAGAUGCAAACCGAAAUCUCUAUCAGGCCGGAUUUACCAAACAUGUUGACAUGAUGUGCUCUAUGCUUCGUAGCAGAGGGCAAAAGAAGCAGCUCAUUGUCGUUGCCGUGAGCUCUCCAUACGACUUCGCCAUGGACAAAUCCAUAGGUACUUACAUUUGCACAUACGACUUUACGGAGAAUGCCAUGGCUGCCCUCGUCCGAGCCCUGAUCGGAGACAGCAACCCGGUUGGCACCAUGCCGGGAACCCUUCGAAAGAGCAAGAAAGUUCUCAAGUCUCGACAGCAUUGGCUGGUGGAAGAGUUUGAUAGCAAUCGGGAUCGAAAAGGCCUGAACGACCUCAUUCGGGCGGUGCACAGGGCUAGCGACCAGGAUUUCCGGUACCUGCAGACCACUACCUCAGAUACCUUUGUCCUUGACAACCCGAACAUAAUAGAGACCCAUUUCGUGGUGCGAAACAGUAGCACACAGGCCCUUUACGGCUUCGUUGCUACAUAUUUCAUCCAAAAUGUCGGCAUCCUUGGAGCCCUCAUUGUGGACCCAACCAAACGGAAUCUGUCGAUUGGACGAUCUCUUCAUCGCCGAGCACUGAGGAGCUUAACACAGCAGAGAGGCAUCAAGAAAGUACAGCUAGGAUCAAGCUUCCCUGCGCUAUUCCUUGGAAUCCCUCUUGAUAUCGAAGUGACGACGACAAAAGAAUGGUUCAGCAACAGUGGGUGGGACACUCAGUUCCCACGAAGACUCACAAACAUGGUUAUUCAAGAUUUGAGUGCGUGGUAUGCUCCCGAGGGACUUUCGCAAAGCAUCCAGCGAGCCAACAUUAGCUUUGACCUGAUCUAUGGCGUUGAAAGCGGGGACACGGUGAUGCAUCAUGUACGAACCCACGCAAACCCUGAAGUUCUCGAACUCUACCGAACCGCAUUGGAAGAGAGCAAGGCAUGUGGCAUUGUGCGAGCCAAGGAUGCAGGAGGAAAUCUGCUAGGAACCAUCAUCAUUUGCAGGCCAAACAGCCCCCUCGCCAGAUAUGUUCCCCCAUUGGUUUCUCUCGGUCAAGACAUUGGCGGUCUCCUGGCCCCAAUUGUUCCUCCGGCUCCUCUUUCGACUUUGGUGCUGCAGGGCCUUGCUUUGAUGGGCCUUCGACAGAACAAGGGCCACAAAGCAACCAAGUCGGUUUUAAGCUGGGUUGUCGAUGAUGCGUUUGAGCCCCUGGUGGCCAUGGGAUUCGAUAUUUUGCAGACAUUCGAGGAAAUAACGAAUUCCCCCGAAAUGUUUCAAACUUGAUGAAGAUGGACUGCUAUUUGCAUUGAGCUAUGUUCCUGCUAAUACCCGUAUGGCAUUGCUUUCUAUUGGAUAUCCCCCAUUAAGGGCUAUUUUACAUUCACCUCUGCUUGUCUGUCUUGGUACCGGGUUUAAAUGAGGGGUGUAGUACCAGACAUCAAUUCAUUGGCUCAUCUUUCGUUUUUGGUUUAUUCGCUGAUUCAUAUUGGAUACCUGAGGAGCAGCAAGACUUAUGAUUCUAUGUACUUAUUAGUUAUGAUCAUUUUACAUGUACUCUCACGCCUUUAGCUAUUGGUUGUUGUAUACUAGGGCAAAUUGAAUAAAGAAGAAAGUAGGA